UGCCGGAAAUGUCGUUUCCUUGUCUGGAUGUCAUCAUAUGCGAGAUGGUGCUGUGGACCGAAUGCAUAUUAUGAAACAAAAUAAAUACAAAAUCUAAUGUUUCGCGUAAGAAAUUAUCGUUUUAUUUUGUACAUUGAUGGACCCAAUCACAAAUUGAGCAUCAUUAGCUGUAAAGUCGUUUUUGUUUGAUAUAAUUUAUCAGUGAUUACACCCCCUCUAACAAACGCUUUUGUGGCUAUGACUACGGAUUUACUAUCUGAUUUGGAUAGUCGUUUCUUCGCUGAUAACCUUCUGACAAGCGAAGAUUGGGAUGCCUGUCUGUACCAGUGUGAGAGCAUGGAGGAGGGAGAGGACGGGGAGUACACGAGAGGACUGAAAUAUGAAACAUCGUUUGACAACGAUCUCGUGCUGACUCUUGAUCCCGACAAUCCCACGUCACCAUGGAGACACCUGGACGACAACCUUCUCACAGGGGACAGUCCCGUAUUGAAAGAUAAAAUGACGAUAACGCAGCCUUUGCCAGUGGACAUGUUGUUCCGGGUGAAGGCGGAGCCUCCCUCCCCUGCCUCCUCGCUGGCCUCAGACUGCUCCCUGACGUCACUCCAAGACUCACAGAUCACAGUGAAAGGGGAGAACCCGCCCACACCUCCUUAUAUGUUUGGAGAUGUGCUGUCACCACCACUUGGCACAUGUGAAGUCACAGUGGCCUCCGCACAACAUGCCCAACCACAGUCCCAACUGCCCCCACAGCCACAGCAACACCAAACCGCAGCCAACAAUGGCAUCGACGCACAGGCCACAGUCCACCCCACUGCGGCCACGAUCAAAGCCAGUACCAUCCUGAGCAGUAAGCCUCCCAUCCAGCCCAGGCCUGUGUGUGUAGCAGCUCUCCCCGUCCCCCAGGCUCCCAGUCCAGCCAAGGCCCUCAUACUGCACAGCCUGCCUAGCAUGGACCAGAGCAGGCCUGUGGUGCUUUCCCAGUCUGUCUGUCUGGGGUCUGCUCCAGCCAUCGUCAAAAUGGAGCCUGUCUCUCCCACCAUGCCUCACGGCCAUUGCCCCACGGCCCCAUUCCCCAGCAAACCCAUAGUCCCAGCGUCCUCUCUGCCAGGGAACAAUGGCAUCGAUGUGAGUGUCUGUCAGUCACAUGUCAGUCAGUCAAUGAAGGUGAUGAAGAGGCAGCAGAGGAUGAUCAAGAACCGGGAGUCGGCGUGCCAGUCACGCAAGAAGAAGAAGGAGUACCUGCAGAACCUGGAGGGCCAGCUGAGGGAGGCGCAGCAGGAGAACGAGCGCCUCCGCAGGGAGAACCAGGCCCUGAGGGAGAGGCUUGCCGGGAAAGAGGGCAGUGAGUCUGGGAACAACAAGAGGGCCGUCUGCGUCAUGGCAGUGCUACUCUUUAUGACCUUCAGUUUCGGCCCUGUCAGUAUCACAGACAGGAAGCUGGAGACGGGGUUACAGGAAGAGGUGGUCCCUCACACAGGAAGACAUCUCAUGGAGUUUGAGGCGGCUCAGGAACACAGCAGAGUGGAGGAAAGGAUGGAUCCUGAGGAGGAGGGAGGAGAGGAUGGGUGGAAGGGAGGAGAGGAAGAGAGGGAAUCCACUGAUUCAUAUCAGUUUAGGAACCUGAGUGACGUGUUCAGCGACGUGAAGGACUUGGUCCUGCAGGACAUCGGCCGCUAUUUCACCUCCAAUGACUGCAGGCAGUUCAACCGUUCCGAGUCCCUCAGGCUGGCGGAUGAGCUGAGAGGAUGGGUUCACAGGCACCAGAUCGAAAGGAAGAUGUCUGGAGGGAAGCCAAAGAUAGUGAAAAAAGCUAGAAUAGCGCAGAAGGCACAGCUAAGGAAGACAAACUUCUCAAGAUAUCUUCCCAUACAGACCCAUCGUUCCAUUGAAAGUCAGAUACAAGUGUUCCCUGCUGGUCCAGAGAUCAGCUACAGUGACUUCAUGGACGCUAUUGACCGGCGUGAGGACACCUUCUACGUGGUCUCCUUCAGACGAGAUCACCUGCUGUUGCCAGCCAUCAGCCACAAUAAGACCACACGGCCCAAAAUGUCUCUGGUGAUGCCAGCUAUGUCCGUCAAUGAGAGUUUAUAUAAUAAAUCCCAGGGAUAUGAGAUGAUGAUGCAGGUUGAUUGUGAGGUCAUGGACACACGGAUAAUCCCAAUCAAAGCCUCCGCUGUUCCCCCGUCCCUCCGCGACCCCCCUCCUGCUCCCCCCGCCCACCAUCACCAUAGCAACCACACCUCUCUCCGAGGCCGCCACCAUCCCCACACCGGCGGAACGGCAUCCCCACGGCAACCCUUACCUGUCAGAAGACGGGAGGCAGAGUAUUACAUCAGCCAGGGGGGCGGGGUUUGAGGUUAGUGAAGGUAAACAAAUGAGAGGGGGAUUAGAGGAGAAAGAAGAGGUAGUGGAAAACGGGAUGGAGAGGGUAAUGGGAGAUUGAAUAGGUGACGUGAGAUGGGGAGGAGGACUUAAUAAGGGAGAGUGGAAGGGGUUGUAGGAGGCAAAUCUGUUAGGGAAUUACAGAGGCCAUCUGUACUAAUUGAAACAAAUGUUUAACAAUUACGUUACGGUGCCACGAUGUUGAAACGUUGUCUCAGCAACUCAAAGCAAAUGUGUUUAUUCUACUGAAGACUCAAUAUCUGAAUCAAUAUACUAAUAGACCAAUGGGUAAUACCCAAUUCGCAAACCUACUCUGUUUUAUAUUGAAAAAGUCACAAAAUUAUAGAAGACAAAAUAAGAAACAAAAAGAGGAAGCAAACCUAAAAGGCGAUGCCAUCAUCCACACUAUAUAACCUCAUGUCACUUGACACCCUCUUUUUUUAACAUUCUAGGAUUAAAAGUUUAGUAAAUAAUUUCUUAAUAUAUACUUUUUAAAAACCUGCCCAAACAUUGACCUAGCAGUUCACUGCACUUAGACGGCGCAGAAUUAAUCACUGAAAUAUAUGCAGCUUUUUUUUUUUUGGAGAGGUUACGUCUGUAUAUUUGUGUUUAUCGCUCUCCAUUGAAAUUCCAUUCAGAGGGCUCCUGCAGAAAAUGCAGGUCGGAGGCUAGUCGGAGGCUUAGAUUUGGGUUUUGUUUAUUUUUAUGUGAAAUGGGUUUGGAUUUGUAUGAUGAUUAUUUAACUUGGGCUUCUUGGUUGUAAAUAUAAAUGGUAGCUGUUGAGAUAUUAUUUUUUAAUUCAUACAUAUAUUUCACUCUGUCCUCUAAACCUCUUCAUCUUAUGGGCACAAACCUGCUGUUCCUAUGCUCCAGAAGUGAGCACAGUAAUAAAUAAGUACAUGGAUGGACUAAAUAUAUUUGCAUUGAACGCAGACGACCACCUUGAUCAUACAGUGUGUUUGUAUAUACUGGUAAUUUUCUGUCACUUGCGCAAAUCUUGCAGCUGAUCCACUGUAUCUCUAUGUAAUUAUGAAGAACAGCAACAGAUGUGGUAGCAGAGAAAAAAACCUAGGAUGUAUUAACAUCUGAAUAAAUUCUCAAUGUCAUCAGCAAUAUAGCAAUGUUAAAUUACUGACACCUUAUCCAGAAUCAUCCAGGGACUCUGAAAUUAUAAAAUUGAUUGUGUUUCUUAUACACAGUAUAUGUGAAGUAAUUCCAGUGAACUGUAAGCGUCGUUUUCAGUUUUUUUUGUUUGUUUGUUUGUUUUUUACCCCCCAAAUGCAGUCAGCCUGAGUCUUCUGACCAAAAGUGGUUUCUGAGUCUACAAUGAGAUGUGAAGUCAUUUUCUUUAGUUGCAAACUCUCUGAACUCUCUGUAUGUUUUGUCCGACUUUCUCUGCCUGAAGCACUGCAUACACUUCUUCGGCAAGUGUAUAUGUUUGAGAUAAUAAUGCCGUUCUCAUGGGAAUACCACCCAUGUUUUUUUUCAUUUUUAUAUAAAAGUAUUAUUAUCCAAAUAAAUUAAUAAAAAAAGUUUUGUUAGGGGUGUU